UGGGGGGGAUUUAGGCAGCGGGAAAGGGGGGGUUGAGGUGGGCAAGCAUUCUUCUCCCCCAGCCCCCUUUUUAAAAUAUUUUUUUUCAGCUAUCCUAUGGUGGCUGCUGAAGGUUUUUUGACAAAUAUUUUCAGCUGUCCUAUGGUGGCUGUUAAGGAGGUUUUAAAAACAUUUUCUGCUGUCCUACAGUGGCUGUUUCAGAAGGUUUUGGACAGAUUUUUCAGCUGUCCAAAGGUGCUGUUGGAGGAGGUCUUAAAAAAACAUUUUCAGCUGUCCUAUGGUGGCUGUUUCAGGAGGUUUUGGGGAGAUAUUUUCAGCUAUCCUAAAGUGGCUGUUUAGAGAGGUUUUUAAAAACGUUUUCAGCUGUCCUAAGGUGGCUGUGUAAGGAGGUUUUCAACAGAUAUUUUCAGCUUUCCUAAGGUGGCUGUGUAAGGAGGUUUUAGAAAAUCAUUUUCAGUUAUCCGAAGGUGGCUGUUUAAGGAGGGUUAUUUUAUUUUAUUUGGGUGGCUGGCGUAGGGAUUUUGGAGUUGUGCCAGGUUUAUUUUUCUCGUUCGGGUUGGGACAGGGUUUUUUGGCUUUUGGUGGUGUAAGUCUUUUUGGAUUUGGGUCCCCCCCCCAACCGUUCCUCUCUUUUUUAAAAAAAACUCCCUCUGCCUUUGAAGAAAGAAGAGAGGACUAGGCGCUACAGAAGGGACGUGAAUGCAUGCUGCCUUUAAUUGCAAUUUUUUUAUGUUUUGGGAAGAGAGGGCUUGGAUUUGUUCCUAGAGUGUUUUUUUCAUGUAGAAAUCCGCCUAUUGAUUUCCUGAAAGGAAAACAAAUAAGAGAACCCAUAAACGCACACCGAACCUGCCUCUGGGAGGGAGAUAGUCAGGUGAAAACGCGCUCUGUUUCCAUGGACAACCCGUCCAUUAUCACCCAGGUGACUAACCCCAAAGAGGAAGAAAUCCUGUCUUGCUCUCAGGAUAAAGUGUCUCAAUGUAAUCUCAGUUUGAAGAAGCAGAGGAGUCGAAGCAUCUUUAGCACUUUGUUCUGCUGCUUUCGUGACUACAAUGUUGAGUCAACGUCUCCCAACAGCACCAGUGUUCUUCCUCCAUUGGUGGAAGAGAAUGGCGGACUUCAGAAGGGUGACCAGAUGCAGGUCAUUCCCAUACCAAGUCCACCAGCUAAAUACCUCCUGCCAGAAAUGACAAUAUCGGAUUAUGGAAAGAAAUGUGUGGUCAUUGAUCUAGAUGAAACACUAGUGCACAGUUCAUUUAAGCCAAUCAGCAAUGCUGACUUCAUUGUUCCUGUUGAAAUUGAUGGAACUAUACAUCAGGUUUAUGUAUUAAAACGACCACAUGUGGAUGAGUUCCUCCAGAGGAUGGGAGAGCUCUAUGAAUGUGUGCUAUUCACAGCCAGUCUAGCAAAGUAUGCAGACCCAGUGGCAGACCUGUUGGAUCGCUGGGGUGUGUUCAGGGCACGACUCUUCAGAGAAUCCUGCGUUUUCCACAGAGGAAAUUACGUGAAGGACCUCAGCCGCCUGGGGCGAGAGUUGAGCAAAGUUAUUAUAGUUGAUAACUCCCCUGCAUCUUACAUCUUCCAUCCUGAAAAUGCAGUGCCUGUGCAGUCCUGGUUUGAUGAUAUGACAGACACAGAAUUGUUAGAUCUUAUUCCCUUCUUUGAAGGACUAAGCCAAGAGGAGGAGGUCUAUACUAUGCUUCAUAAACUUUGCAACAGGUAGCCAAUCAAACCAGACUCGCUGCUUCACGGCAGCCACUCCAGGACACACAAUUUCAUGCAGCUUCAAGGAGAGGCAGCUCUUGUCAAGAGUUGCGCUGCUCUCAGAUCUUCCUCUUAUAUGCUGGACAUGAAGGACAAUCAUGGAUUGACUCUACUCAGUCUUGGGAAUACCAAUGCCGUAAGGUGAUAGAACUACUUUUUUUAAAAAAAAAUUAAAGAAGCUAUUUUGAAUGGGACAGUUUUAAUGAAUUUCGUAAAUGGACACAUUUUACAGAAUCAGCUUUUUUUCUUAAAACAUGCCAAAAAAAAAAUUAAAAAGCUUGAUGUUAUUUCAGCAAGUCGACUUACCCCUUUCCUACUUUCCCUGCCCUGCUAUGCAGACCAUUUUGGCCCCCCAGCCCACCCCUGCUUAUGGAGCAGUUGACCUGACUCUGAACUUUCUUUCUUCCAUAAUGAAGUGCCUUUUUGAAUGUUGUUUUAAGAUUAAAAAAAGACAUUUUUGUAUAAGGCAUAUUUCCAGACAUCUUUUAGUCUUGUAUUGUUUAAAUGCUUUAAAGAAGACAAAGAAGAAAAAAGUUGGAAAACUUUUAUAGAGCACUGUAAUAUAUGGAAACAAGGAAAAAGUUGACGCAGGCGAUGGGUUUUUCUGUCUCCAUGAUGACACUUGAGUUGUAUUGGCUACGCUUAUUUCAUGUUGGAAAGUUUCCUGAUUGUAGUAGGAAGAAAUCAUCGGGGCUAUAUACAGGUUGGUGGUACAGUUUGGAUGAUGCUUUGCACACAGUUUAGACAUUUUUUGGCUAAACAUGGAAAAAUAGAAUGGGUAUACAUAGUGGCAAGUACUUCUUCAGCACUUCGUAAGUGGGGGAAUUACUGUCCUCGCUCACGCACAACUCCAUGCAUAUUUUUGAUGAGGCUGGUGGUGAAAUAAGAGAUGGAAGAUAAAUUGGUUUAUUUGUCAUUCAUGCGUUCCUUCCUUAACAAAAGAGGUAUUCGUCAAGAGAUACGUUGAGCUUUCAGAAGCAUGGGCCCAAGCCCUGCUGAAAGUAGUGCGGGAAAUAACUCAAGAUGUGAAACUUUGAAGCCAUGGGAAAAUGAAAUGGGGGGGGGGCAAUUGAAAUAUAUGCAGUAGCUGUCAAACUUAAUUUCACUUUUCUAAGCUAGUAAAGUUUCAUGUUUACCUUGCUCUUGUCUACCCUCUGAGCCUUCACAUCUCGAGAGAGAACACAACAGUGCUGCUGUGGUCUCACAGAACUCCCAUUGUGAUGGAUGGGGCAUGCCCAGAAGAUGGUUCCCCUUUUAUCGUGCCCCGUAUCUCCUGUUUUAUUACCUGCUGUGCUGUUGAAGGUUCAACAAAUGGAGUUGAAUCCAGACUGUUACCCCGUUCUUCGCCACAGUGCCUGUGCUGCCAAAACUUGUGUAAGCUGCAAAACACGGACAACAGAUGAAAUGCCAGUAUGGUAUCCGGUAGCUCGGUCAAAUCUGACCUGCACAUUUUCUUCCUCCUAAAUUUGGGUCAUGUGCCCUGAUCUCAGUAUAUGAUCUCAGUACUUUUGUGGUUUCAGGCUCCCCACCCCGGCCCUUUUAAAAUUCCAGGGAACGAUGACUGAAAGUUUCUUGUUGCCAAACAUUUGUUGGCAUCUAAGAUGUAGGAUUCAGUCGCUUCUUACUGUGGGAUCAUGGGAAGUUUUCUGUAUCCAUUAAGUUGCUCUCAGGAUCAAAAAGCUUAUUCCAAGAUUCCUUAUUCGGCCUCAGUUGCUUGGAUGCCGCCUCUUGCAACUCAUCCCAGUUCUUUCAGGGUAACAAUAUCAGUGUUGUCUUUGGCAAUUUGCAGUGUUGAAAACAUGCCCCUCUCAGCUUUGGUGUGGUGUGCCAAAGAGACCCACUCAGCAGCACAGUCCCCUUUGAAAUGAGACCAUUUUCCCUUCUCUGUGCACCAACUAAAAUCUGUAGUUGCUCAGAUCAGCCAUAUCGGACAGGAUUUGUCCAAAAAUGUUUGGUGCUGAAACCCAGAACACUGUCGAAUGCUGAAAUGGCUCCUUGCCACUGCUUGCCUUUUUUUUUUUCUGGAUACAGCCGGUAGGAGCUGUGAGAAGCCGAAACAAAUUUAUAGUCCCCAGCUAAAAACAUCUAAAAAGCAGCUUACCCCACCUUUGCAUAAGAAGGGCAGGCAAGCCCACCCCGGUGUGAAAUAACUUUUAUCAUAGGCAUAGUAGAAAACAAACUUGCCACCCCAUAAUGCCGUUUCACUCAGUGUUUGCAGAGCUCUUACAGAGAGGGUACUGUAUAAGCAAGAAUGGUCGCAUUAAUCCCAAAACUUGCCCAUCUCUACCCGGUUGCCAUCUCAUUUAUCCACCACACGUUCUUAACUUUUGUACUGUAUGUUCUGUUUUGCUAGAGAUCCAGCAUCAUGGAGAACACCAAUAACUAGAGUGCAAUAGAAAAGAGUCCAGGAGCACCUUUAAGACUA